GUGGUGCCGGAUAUAGAAACCGCUGUCCUCCAAGUUUCCCCACACUGAACCUCUCCGCACUUGGUGCACCAGCAACAUAUUUCCACUCACUUUUAACACUCAUACUCUCUGUUUCCAUGUUCUCACGCACAGAGGGAUAAUGGAUUUAAACGGCACGCUGGCAGGGCGCGACUUUGUCGCCCUGGAGCAGCGACUCUUUGGGAAUAACUCCUUGUUUGGAAACAGCCCCUAUGGAAUCAGCACCGCCGCUUCCAACACGGAGGAGGAAGACUUGGAAGUGAAUACCGAUGUUUACUCCAGGGUGAUAGUCACUGUCAUAUACGCUGCUCUGUUCGCUGUGGGCUCUCUGGGGAACUCCAUCACUCUCUACACCCUGCUCAGCAGAAAGACCCUGCAGAACCUCCAGAGCACCGUGCACUACCACCUGGCCAGCCUCGCCGUCUCCGACCUGCUCAUCCUGGUCCUCUCCAUGCCUAUCGAGCUCUACAACUUCAUCUGGUUCCACCACCCGUGGGUGUUCGGGGACGCGGUGUGCCGGGGUUAUUACUUCCUGCGGAACAGCUGCUCCUACGCCACUGCGCUCAACAUCACCAGCCUGAGCGUGGAGCGCUAUAUGGCCAUCUGCCACCCGUUCAAAGCCAAGAGCAUUAUGUCCCGCAGCCGCACCAAGAAGCUCAUUAGUGCCAUGUGGCUCGCGUCCUUCGCGCUCGCCACGCCGAUGAUCUUCGUCAUGGGCCAGGUGAUGCGUAAAGGAGAGAAUAUAUGCACCUCUAUCGUGUCCCCCGUCACCAUCAAGACCGUGCUCCAAGUAGGUGUCAUAUCGCUGCGUGUGUGUGUUUUGGUUUUACGCGCGGAUUUAUCCAUAGUCGCUCUUACCACAUCUGGGCUAAUUCAAGGGGAAAUUAUGAAUAUGAAUCUGUUGUUCCGAGCCACACGUCCCUGAAGCAGGGGCAGUAGAAAGUUAUACGGGGUGCGAAAGGGUGGCAUGAGGUUCCAGCUGGGGGGCACAUGUUAUCUCCCCCAAACAUAUUUCAACUUCAGAGACUUCAUUUUCUGCAUUCUCUGGUGUGUAUGUGAAUC